AUGGGCGGCCGGGCGACAACACACCUGGACGCUUUCGGACGGAGGAACUCGCUUUCGAUCGAGAUAAGGGCCGCCAUGACUUGUGGGCAAAAGAAGCAACAGCGGUACCAGCAAGAAGGGAUCAACUGGUUAGCUUUUCUGAAACGCUUCAAGCUUCAUGGAAUUCUAUGUGAUGACAUGGGCCUUGGUAAAACACUUCAGGCAUCAGCAAUAGUGGCAUCUGAUAUCGUGGAACAACGCGCCCACGACAGUUCCAAAGACCUUCUGUCUCUGAUUAUUUGCCCAUCCACGCUAGUUGGUCAUUGGGCAUAUGAAAUAGAAAAAUAUAUUGACAAUUCCUUAAUGGUUACCCUUCAGUAUGUUGGUUCUAACCCAGAAAGGGCAUUGCUUCGUGAUCAAUUUGAAAAGUGCAAUGUGGUCAUAACAUCUUAUGAUAUUGUUCGUAAGGAUAUUGAUUUCCUGGGAAACCUUUCUUGGAACUAUUGCAUUUUAGAUGAGGGCCAUAUUAUCAAGAAUUCAAAAUCUAAAAUAACAAGUGCUGUGAAACAGUUGAAAGCUGAGCACCGUCUUAUUUUGAGUGGCACUCCUAUUCAGAAUAACGUCUUAGAACUUUGGUCUCUUUUUGACUUCUUAAUGCCUGGAUUUCUUGGGACAGAGAGACAGUUCCAGACUACUUAUGGGAAACCAUUGUCGGCUGCAAGAGAUUCAAAAUGUUCUGCUAAGGAUGCUGAAGCUGGGGUUCUUGCCAUGGAAGCUUUGCAUAAGCAGGUCAUGCCGUUCCUCCUCCGUCGAACUAAGGAUGAAGUCUUAAGUGAUCUUCCUGAGAAGAUUAUUCAAGAUAGAUACUGUGACCUGAGUCCUGUUCAACUAAAAUUGUAUGAACAUUUUUCUUUUUCAAGUGCCAAAAAGGAAAUAACAAGCUUGGUUAAAGAAUAUGAGGCGAGCUCUGUAGGAGAAUCUACUGCUUCAAAAGCAACUUCUCAUGUCUUUCAGGCCAUGCAAUAUCUACUAAAACUAUGUAGUCACCCAUUGCUUGUUAUUGGUGAAAAGACACACGACUCCCUUGUCUCGCUUCUAUCAGAUGUUAUUCCAGGCUGCACUGAUCUUUACCGUGAGCUCCAUGAACUUCGUCAUUCUCCUAAAUUCGUCGCUCUUCAAGAGAUUCUUCAAGAAUGUGGAAUAGGUUUAGAUCAAUCAAGUUCUGAUGAUGCCUUAACUGUUGGCCAACAUCGAGUAUUAAUUUUUGCUCAACGCAAGGCUGUCUUGGAUAUCAUUGAGAAGGAUCUUUUUAGGACCCAUAUGAAGAGUGUGGCAUACUUGCGGUUAGAUGGCUCUGUUGAAUCUGAAAAGAGAUAUGAUAUUGUCAAAGCAUUUAAUUCUGACCCAACAAUUGAUGUUCUGCUGCUCACAACUCAUGUUGGUGGGCUUGGACUGAAUCUUACAUCUGCUGAUACACUUGUUUUUAUGGAGCAUGACUGGAACCCAAUGAAAGAUCUGCAGGCUAUGGAUAGAGCACACAGGUUGGGUCAGCGGAAAGUUGUCAACGUCCAUCGACUCAUUAUGCGUGGUACUUUGGAAGAGAAAGUCAUGAGUCUGCAGAAGUUCAAAGUAACUGUUGCUAAUGCUGUUAUCAAUGCUGAGAAUGCAAGCUUGAAAACCAUGAAUACAGACCAGUUGCUUGAUCUUUUUGCUUCUUCAUCAACUGUCCGAAUGGGAACCCAAGCUUCGACAAGCAUUGGUAGCAAUAUGGACAAUGAUCCAAAGUCCUUGAUCAGUGGGAAAGGCUUGAAAUCCAUUAUCAGUGGGCUUGGGGAGUUGUGGGAUCAGUCGCAAUAUGAAGAGUACAACCUAAACCAAUUCUUGGAAAAGCUCAAUAGCUGAGUCUUUAGAGUAUUGCAGUUGGAAAAGCUCAAUGACUUAGGUAUUGCAAUGUACAGGGUGAUUCAGGAGAGUCCAUCAACGCCAUUUUUGAAUGUGUUACUCGUGAUUUUUUUGUUCUUCGAACAUGCUAAUUUUUGCAGCUGCUAACAUCUAGGUGAUCCAAAUUUUUAGGAGGGCAGGGAUGGAUCACUAGAAUCACGAUGGGCAUUUCAUGUAUAAAUUUCAGUUGUAUGACAACUUAUCUUGUUAUCUAAAUGUCCAUUAAUCAUUCCACACGUUA